GAGAAGAGACCAGUCUCUCUCUUCUUGUUAUUCUUCUUCUUCUUCCUCCUCCUCCUCUUCCCUUGGCCAGCUGUUUGUUUCAGUUUCAUCUACGAUUCUGCGUCUCUCCCUCCUUUUAUUUUAAUUUUUCCUUUUAUUAUUAUUAUUAUUAUUAUUAUUAUUAUUAUUAUAACAAGUGUGGUCUCCCCUGUGUUGUCUCCCCCAGUUCUCAAGAUCUGCAUCUGCAAAUCUCCCACAUUCACGUCUCCUACUCGAUGAUCGUCUCUACUCGAUCUGCCAAAUUCAACUCGCUCCUCCGCUUCUGCUUCUGCAAUCUCCCUCUGUGAUUGCCUUUCGGAGUUUUUACUUCUUUGAUUCUAAAUCAUGGCUGACAUGGAUUUGCUCGCCGACAUACCUGAGGUUAACGAGAAGUGUGCCUUGGAUAUGAGUACCUAUCACAAUUUGCCUAAACCUUGCAAUGCACCAUCCCUUCACUCUCCUUCUCCCAUUCCUAAGGAUGAUACCGAUGCUUCUUACGUUUUCGUUACCUCCUCCGAUGCUGCUACUUCCGAUCUUAAUGGGCAACCCAAGUGUUCUCAGAAUGUUGAUACGGAGGUUGAGAUUCGUAAUCGGGAAUUGAAUACUGACGUCGGUACGAAACCUGAAUCAAUUUUCGUCUCUGAUGCAUUGAAGGAUUCCCAAUUCGAAUUUUCUGAGCAUGUGAAAGAGAGUGACGCUAUUCAGGAUGACAUCAGAGUGGCCGAUGUCCUUCCAUCUUUUGACGCCAAGGUGGAUGAAGCGGAACCUGGACUGGAUUCUUCUCAAACGGUGGAAGACGCUCGAAUCCUGGAGGACCAGACUAUCAACGAAUCUUUUGCUGCAGAGACAAAUUCUGGUGAAAUCCAUGGGAUACAGUCUCCUCCAAAAUUUGAAGACAAUCGGAUUCAGGAGGAAAAUCAAAUAAUUUCUCCCUCUGUAUCUUCUAACACCGAUGCAAAUUGUUGUGGUGAAAUAGAGGUGGAGUCUUCCCAAAUGGCGGAAGAUAUUCAAAAUCAUGAGGAUAACAGAAUUGUGGAAAUCAUGAAGUCUUCUGAUACCGAGACAAAUCAUGUGAUGAACAUUGAGGCGGAGUCUUCUCAGGAGGCAGAUGGCAUCCAGAUUCACAAGGAAAAUGGAACAGUUGCAAUCAAGUUUUCUGAUACUCGGUCAAACCCUAGGGAAGAAAUUGAGGUGGAGUCUUCUCCCAAGGCAGAUGACAAUCAGAAUCACGAGGAAACUGGCGUAAUGAAAGCCUCUUCUGAUACCGAGGCAAAUCCUAGGUCAGAAAUUGAGGUGGAGUCUUCACGGGAGGUUGAAGACAUUGAGCUUCAGGGGCAAAAUGAAGUAGUGGAUGCCAUCAAAUCUUCUGCCACCGUGGAAAAGCGUGAGCAAGAAGGUGAAGUAAUUCCUGAGUAUAAUGAAACAGUGGCUAUCAAUGAAUUGUCCGAUACCAUACAUAAUGGCAGCGAAGAAACUGAGAUGGAAUCUUUCAAAAGAGAGGAAGGGAUUCAAGAAUCAGAAGAUGCAAGUUUGGAGGCUGCGGACUGCCAUUGUGUAAAUAGCAAAGAGAAGGUUGAUGAGAUGGUAGAUGAAGCUGUGACAAGCGACCCUGUGGGAGGUAUGGGAGAAUCUCAAAUUAUAAGUAUGCAUGCUGCUAAAUCUGACCUAGAUUAUUCUGAUGAUUCAGUGGAAGACGUUAAGGGGGAACGUACAUCAGGGGUUGUCUUGAAUGAAGAGAACUCUAAGAGAACUCAAUUUUCAAUUAAUCAGGAUGGUGAACAUUACCAGGUUGUUGGUGAGGAACAAGAAAGUUUAAACAGUGAAGUUUCUGUUUUAGAGCCAUCAGAAGAAAACAAAGUGGACGUGGAGCAGCAUUUGGCAGCAGCUCCUAGUCCACUGGUCAGUUCAGAAGACAUAAAUGGUCCCAUCUCCAUUAGCACGGAAGAUGGCUUGCCAACUAGUAUGGAUCAAGAUGACCCCUUGGAAACUAUUGAUGACAAAGACACUGUAGCUAACAGGACCAGCUUCCAUAACCACAAUGAAUCCUCGUCUGGCUCUGUAGAUUGUGAUAUUGCUACUGUUGAAACUCAUAGAUUAUCUCCUAGGAUGCUUAUUAGUGAUCCAAUAAAUGAGAUUACUGUGAAUGAUGAACAAGAGGUGAAUCAUGUGUUGGAACUAGAAGAUAAUUCAGAAAUGGCGUCUCAUCCUAAAGUGGAGGAAUGUCUCAAGGUUGAAGUUUUGGAAGGUAUGGUCUCUGGAAAUGGAGAUGAGGUGCCCACUGCAUUCGACGAAUCUAGAAUUUUUUCAGGUGAUAACUUUGUUGCUGGCAGUCAAUUAAUCACCAAGGACACUGCCCCAGUGGAAAGCAUUGACUCAGCAGUAUCUGCUGUUGUGAUAGGAAAUACUUCAAUUGAAAUAAGGGAACGGGCCUCUACGAAUUGCCCUAGUGAUCCAAUAGUGAGAUCCGAUCUUGAUGUUGAGGAUUGUAAAAUGUCUGAAAUUGUGGCUUCUGCUGGUGAUGUUGGCCAACCGGAUAAAGAAGUUGGUGAAAAUCAUGAGGUUGGUUUUCUUGGUAACUCUAAUUUUGAAACCAAGUGUGAGAAUGGUCACGUCGAAAUAGAUCACCAAGCAACUUUCCAUAGUAAUGAUUGUUCGUCAAUCGAAUGUCAAGAGAGAGGUUCCUCUGUUCCUGAAGUUUCUAAUGGUGUCGAUAAAUCUUCUGUAAUUCAACUAAGUUCUACUGUUGCAACAGACUCAGAAUUGCAUGAUAACGGAAGUAGCUCAAGUCCAACUGCUAAUGAGAAAUCCGGAGACGGCAUCAAGAUUCCAUCCUCCAUAGAAGGUGGUAGCAGAAAUAUAUAUGGCGAUGAUUGCAGUGUGUCAAAAACUGAAGUUCUCAAGGGUUCUAUAGUAAACGAUGAAAGGAAUCUGAACUCAAUGUCUGAUGUUGUCUCUGAAACGGAUGACAAACCGGCAACAGAAGAAACUAGGGUCAUUCAUGAGGGUUGCCAGAAUGAACCUUCACCUAUUUCUCCAGAAGGAGGUUCUGGUGAUACUUUAAUGGGGCAAAAUGUAGGGGCUGAGGCAGGAACAAGACCGUUUAACUUUUUGGUUAAGGUACCUAGAUUUGAUGACAAAAAUAUCAGAGAGCAGAUUAAGCGUGCUCAGACAGAAGUUGAUUGGAAGACCAAGGAUCGAGAUGCCAUUCGGGUUCAAAUACAGACAAUGAGGGCUGCGUGGAAAGUGUUGAGUGAUGAUCUUGAAGCAGCAGUGUCGGAAGGAAGAGCUGCAAGAGACUUACUCAAGUCAAAAAGGCUGGAGAUAGACUCUGUUCAAUCAGUGAUAACAAAAGUGAAGAAUGCCAUGUCUGUUGAGGAUAUUGAUGGCAGGAUACGCAACAUUGAACAUACGAUAGAGCAUGAAACACUGCCACUAAAAGAAGAAAAACAAUUAAUUCGUGAAAUCAAGCAAUUGAAGCAGCUGCGGGAACAGCUUUCAUCAACUAUGGGUAAGCAGGAUGAGCUUCAACAGGCAUUGGACCAGAAAGACCAGAUUGAAGAGCGCCUUAAGCUAUUAAGAAAGGAGAUGGAUUUGCUGAGAGACAAUGUUUUGAAAGCCGAAUCAGCUAUAAAGGCCGCUAAGAAGAAAUAUAAUGAUGAGAGCAUAAAGCUGGGCGAAUUGCAAUCCCAGUUUAAAGCAGCAGAUAAGAUUCGUCAAGAAGCAUAUGCUAAUUUACAGAGUAUGAGGAAGCAAUUAUAUGAGAAGAAUAAAUACUGCUGGAAGUAUCGGGAUGAGGCAAAAGAAGCCAAUGAAAUAGCGUCAAGUCGAGAUCUAGAGAAACUGCAACAUUUUUGUGUUAAUCAGGUGGAGCGCAUGAUGGAACUAUGGAACACAAAUGCUGAGUUCAGGGAAGAAUAUAUUAAGAGCAACACGAGGAGUACCCUGAGGCGACUAAAGACAUUGGAUGGCCGCUCUCUUGGCCCCAAUGAAGAGCCGCAAGUACUGAAUCUUAUUGUUAAGGAGGAGGGAUCAGUGAGGGACAAUUCUCUUUCAACGGUUUCAACAACGCAGGAAUCUGAAAAACUGAUACCCGCUGAUGAUGCGAGAGAUAAUGACAAAUCAGAGACCAAAGUAGCAGGAACGAAGAAUCAAAUGACAAAAAGAAAGAAGCCUGAAAUAGUUCUGGGCUUAGUGAAUGACCCUAGAAAUAUCUCUAGCGAGAAUGAAGUAGAAGAGGCACCGCGACCGGAGGAGAUUAAGCGAACAAGAGAGGAAGAGGAGCUGGCGGUGAAAGCAGAAGAGUUGAGAAAGGAGGAGGAAGCAAUGAAGUUGAAGGAGCAACGUAAGUUGGAAGAGAAGGCCAAAGCCAAAGAGGCGUUGGAGAGGAAAAAAAGAAAUGCUGAGAAAGCCCAGGCCAGGGCGGUAAUCAAAGCACGAAAAGAGGCAGAAGAGAGAGAGAAGCUAAGGGAGAAGAGAGCAAAAAAGAAGGAAAGGAAGAUGGCAGCUGAGACGGAAGGUGGAAAUGGUUGGGAUGAAAGGGAAUCUGGUUUAGUCACCGAGACCCCUUCAGAAUCUUCAAAGGAGGAGUCUGAAAACACAGGUAAACAGGGGAUGGCAGUGAAGAGGCCUCAAAAAGUGUCGCAGUACACAAAGCAGAGCAAGACAAAGUCCAUUCCUCCUCCACUUCGAAAUCGGGGUAAGAGGAGGAUGCAACCGUGGAUGUGGGUUCUUCUGACAAUCGUCUUUGUUUUUGCGCUGUUCUUCGUCGGACAACAACGGCUUCUCUACUAGAUCUUUUUGGUUCGACUUCUAAAUUUAGAAUGCAAUUCAAUUUUAUAUAGUUAUAGAGUGACACACAAUUAGUUGGCAAGGGAAGAGAGAUAGACGUUCGGAUUGGGACAUUCCCAUAGAAUAUAGAGAGAGAGAGAGAGAGAUAAUGGUAGGCUAAUUCUUUGGUUCCUUUCUCAGGAUUCAAAUUCAUCUCCCCAACUUACAAGUUGAAGUUCCUUUAAAUUAACCAAAAAAAAAAGGAAGAAAGGCGAGGUUUGAGGCUUUUCCCAUUAAGCAUUACAUGACAUUUUAUUUUAAUUUGUUGAUGGGUAAGCUGCGAGAUCCGAAGCAGAGGAAGAAAUGAAAGAGUCGUUGGAGGUCAGCUUUUGGUUUGGUAAAUUCACCACUAUGAUUAGGAGAGUGUUUAAUUAGGGUGGAUUGCAUUCUUGGGGUUGGGGCUGUGGAGAAAGAAAGAAAAGAGAGGGAGAUUCCAUUGGGAGAGUAGAAUAGGAAUAGGAAUAGGAAUAGGAAUAGGAAUAGGAACAGAUGAGGAUGAGUAGUAGAGGAUGGGUGGUGUGGGGCAUAUGCUUCUGCUGUGUGAGUCCGUACAUAGGGGCCCUCACUGACAUUGUAGCUAUCAGGAACCAGAAUCAUGGUGUCCCCACCGCUUCUAUGCCAUCAUCUGUCUUCUGUACGACGGCGUUUAUUGGUGCCCCUACCAAUGCCUAUUGCCGCCUAAUGGAUCUCACUAUUACCACCCACAACUAUGGUCAACGCUUCAGAUUAUAUGUUAUCAAUAUCAUCCCUCUUCCCUUAUCCUAUCCUAAACCCUAAUUUUAUUUCCAUCUUUCUUUUUCUUUCUCUAACCAAGCUGCCUUUCUACAUUUUUUUUUAAUUAUUAUUAUUGAUUGAUUCUUCUUUUCCUCUAAAA